GGGCGUCAAGGCUACCUGGGUGCCGCAGCUGCGGUCCUCGACGACAAAUCAGUGACAACUGAAAGCUUACAGGUACAGGUCGGACCCAUGGACCAAUGGUCGGUACAUGCUGCCGAACUAAUCGGUAUCCUUUAUGCAAUCAACCUCAUCAUUAGAAUUGUACUGCAACAGCGGAGAGCCGGCCACAAACGAGCAAGAAAAGUCACUGUUCUCAGCGACAGCAUGUCAGCACUACAGGCUAUUCAGAGCCCCGGUAAUAAAUCAGGCCAGCAGAUUAUCUUUGCGAUCCUUCAAGCAGCCAAGAACACGAAAACACACGGGAUUACAAUUCGAUUACAGUGGGUCCCCGGACACAGCGAGACCCCCGGCAACGACACAGCCGAUCGGCUGGCCUGA